AUAAAUAAUUGAUAACAGUUUCGCACAUGUGCAUCCGAAUUUGUCCUCCGAAUAGUAUUAUUUUGCUAAAGUUCAUACUAUAAUAAUAAUAUUAUGCUCUUUUGACGAUUCGAAAUUCAUUACCUAUUCGCUUCAAAAUAAUUCGAUAACAUGCGGCUCAAGCGCCACCAAAAAGCUGAACGUAACAUUAAUUUUUACUGUAUCAACUUUGGUUUCCGAAAACCUUUUCAAGUACUUGUCGAUGGCACAUUUUGCAUGGCUUCGGCACAAAACAGAGUGCAAUUACGUGAUAACAUUCCAAAAUACUUGGGUGGUGAAGUGAAGUUUCUAACUACACAGUGUGUUGUACUUGAAACCGAAGCCCUAGGCGCUGCAGUUAGACCAGCCAUGCAUAUUGUAAAGAAUUUUGGCAUACAUAAAUGUGGACACGAAAAGAAACCUAUAUCCGGUGCAAACUGCUUGAUUUCUAUGACAAAAGAUAAUAUGAAAACAAGAUACAUUAUUGCUUCUCAAGAUAAGUCUCUCCAAAAUAUCUUAUACAAUAUCCCAGCUAUUCCAGUUAUGUAUUUUAAUGGUUUAAAUGUCCUACUAAAAGCACCUUCUCCAACUUCCAUAGAACUUGCUCACAAAAAAAGACAAUCUAGAUUUAGUUUAACAGAAUAUGAAACAAAUACAUUGACCAAUCUAAAGAGUUCAAUAACAACAGGACUAGUUAGCAGUGAUGAAUUUAAAGAUUAUCCUGGGAUAUUUAAAAGAGCUAAAGGUCCAAAUCCACUCUCAUGUAAACCAAAAAAAAAAAAGAACAAUGAAGACAAUGUACCAAAAGUAGAAAAUAAAAUAAAACGUAAAAGGAAAAGAAUUAAAAUACCAAAACAUGUCAAAGAAGAAUUAAAAAUAAUAAAAAAGCCAACCACAAGUUCAUGAAAUAUUUAGAUUUGAAAAAUAUGUUGUAUAAUUCUUUCUAUUAACUGUAAAUAUAUUUCAUUUUUUGAAUUAAA